UAUAUAUGUUUCAACGUGAUCGCGUGCCGACAGACGUGGAAUAUCGCCACUGAGUCGCGGAUGUGAAUGGUCCACGACGAUCGGGAACGAAGAAACUCGCGUCUGUCCGCUGCCAGCAGAUGAAACCGGACUUGCAUUCAGUGAAUAACGAGUCUCCGCGUGGCUGUCCUCUCGGCUGCAACUGUACCAGGUCAUCGUCUGCGUUUUAACGUCUGCCUGGAACCAUUCGAACAAAGAAUCUUCAAUUUUGGGGAGAUGAAUCUAUGGCAACUGCUGGAGGAGGUCGAGAACAAGAAUCUUUUUAAUCGCUGGAGAGUUAACUAUUUCCUGUGGAAAAAGGUCUUGCUGGUUUACUUGGGGGAUUUCUGGCUUAUGACAUUAUUCUCAGGAAUGUGGGACCCGUAUUUGUGGGAAGAGCUCAGUGAUUCGGAUGAAGACAGUCUAUUGAAUUCUUUGUAAAUUUAAAGAAAGAAAAACCUUUUAGAAGAAUUUUGGUUUAAGGUAUGAUCGAAUCAUGAUAUUUUAUGAUAUAUAAAUCAUGUGUUAAUGCUUUAAUCGUUCAACGCGAGGACAUUCUCCUUAACAAAGGAUAAAAUUAACGGAGAACUUGUAUGUAGACCUAAAAUAAUUAAUUAGAUGAAAAAAUACAAACUAAGUUAAGAGAGCACGAGCGAAGUGACGUUUAAAAGGAUACUUACUACGACAUAUUUGAAAAUGAGUAUAGUAAACGAAAUGAACGAUUCGAAUGGGCACGUGGAGACACAUUUGGUGACCAAGCAUAAAUUAAACUGUACAUAACAUGAAAAAUAAGUCCAAGACAAUACCAAGGAACUAUUGUUUAAUCAAUAACUGGUCAAUAAUUAUCAAGGUUCGUGUCAGAUGCCGAAGAGGAAAAAAGAUGGGAGAAGAAAGGUGUCAUGUAUCAGAUAAUUAUGUCGCUGUGCGCGAACUCCUCGGUUUUGGGUCCUUCCAUGGCUUUUGGCUAUAGCGGAGUUGCAUUGACACCUUUGAUGUCACCUACCAGUGACGUGAAAAUCGACAAAGUGCAAGCCAAUUGGAUUGCGACAGCAACAGCACUGGGUAUUCCAUUUGGUUGCAUCGUUUCUGGUUACACUAUGAGACGCGGAAGAAAGUUGAGCUUGUUGAUAACGUCUAUCGUGUCCAUCGUUGGCUGGCUCGUCAUUUAUUUAGCUGGAACAUACGAACAAAUUCUUGUAGGCAGAAUCAUUUCCGGAAUUGCGACAGGUAUGGCCUCGGUACCAGCCACAGUUUAUAGCGCGGAGGUUUCUUCUCCAAAAUGGCGAUCAAUUAUGAUCACAUGGACCAGCGUAUCCAUCGCCAUCGGUGUUCUUAUCGUUUAUAUUUUCGGCUAUAUUUUCAAGGACGACUGGCGAAUGGUGGCUCUGAUGUGCGCCCUGUUUCCUCUGGUCUCGGUCGUGCUGACCUUGGCCGUCGUCCUAGAAACCCCGAUCUGGUUACGAGACAGAGGUCGUCUAGACGAGGCGUUACAGGUGUUGAAAAAAUUCCGCGGCAUCCCGAAAGACAUGCCUCCCCCGCCACAGCUCUACGAAGAAUUGAAACCACGUCCUCAGCGAAAGAAACAAAAUUUCAUGAAACAUAUGCUCAAGAGGAACGCCAUCGUACCUUUUGCAAUCCUGCUCGGUUAUUUCUUUUUCCAGCAAUUCUCCGGACUUUUUAUCAUCGUCUACUACGCAGUGGACAUUAUACAAAGCGCUGGAGUCACUAUAGAUCCCAAUUUGGGGGCAGUUCUGAUAGGAUUAACAAGAUUAGUAGGUACUUUACUAGUGUCGUGCAUGUCAGGAAAAUUAGGAAGGAGAAAACCUUCUAUCGUUUCUGGAUCUGCAAUGACAAUUUUCAUGGGAGUAUUGUCUGUGUACUUAUUAAUGAAGGAUAAAGGAUAUUCUAUAAACGAUGGUGGCCUGAUACCUGUGAUAUGUAUACUUAUGUACAUUUUUGGAAGCACUCUUGGCUUCUUGGUGAUCCCAUUCGCCAUGGUGGGCGAAGUGUAUCCACCGAAGGUUAAAGAAGCGUUAUCAGGACUGACUACGUGUAUCAAUUACAUUUUCAGCUCCAUCACGGUGAAAACUUACCCGGACAUGGAGGCUGCUAUGGGCAGACAUGGAGUUUUCAUAUUUUUCACGGUGCUGUCGUUUUUGGGAACGUUAUUUGUUACGUUUUUCUUACCUGAGACUAAGGGAAAGACUUUGAGGGAGAUCGAAGAUAUGUUUUCAAGUAAGAAGGAAGUGGUUGACUCGCCGGAGGAAGAGAAGAUGGUGAAUGGUAGAUAUAAUAUAUGUUUCUGGAGGAGUGCAUAGUUACCUGAAGGUUAUACGAAUUAUUUAAUAAAGAAAAGAAAUGAUGGACUUUUUGAAGGCGGAAAAAAAUGAUAUCGAGGAAUCCUAUCUAUAAAUCUGAAUAUCAAUGCAACGGUGAAAAUACUCUUAACUUUGUCAAAAUCGUAACAAUUUUUGUCAUGUUUGCGAAAAGUUUGAGUGUAAAUAUUGGGAAUGUUAGAAAAGGUUGAUCGAGAUUUUUAUUCGUUAAAAAUAUCAGCCCUUGCAAAUCUAGCUUCCUUAUUGAGUUGAUAACUGUUAAUUAAUCUAUCAAACCACGUUGCAACUGCCUGUCAUCCUGCCAUCUAUGUUUAUUUUUGGUUAAAGUAAUUUAAGAAUAUACUUAUUUUUGUACCUUUAAUAAAUGUUAAAUAUUAUAUGUAUUAUAUUAAAUAAUAAAUGUUAAAUAUUAUAUAA